UUAUUAAAUUUUCCAUGGAACGUGGCACUACAUAAGCCGGUUCCUAUAAAGUAUUCUAGAAGGCAAAUAAUCGAAAACAAUAAUAAAAAAAUGAAAAGGGAAGAGCAGACAGAAACUAGUGGCUGAGGAGUGAAGAUUCCGUUUAACGGCGCUACCGCAGCAAUGUCUCUGCUCCGCCCUCCGCCGCCGCUCCUCCGCUGCGAACGCGCGGCUUCCACUUUUCCGAGCUCCAACGUUAGCAGCUCUUUCUCCCGCUUUAAAGCUUCAUGGGAAGAGGUUAGUAGCCACACCUGCAAACAGAUACCAGGUUUGUAUAACUUUCUCUGUGAAGCUGCCGUUUCUGUGAAGGUUGCUGGAGUUGUUGUGUUCUCCGCGAUUCCUUUCACGGCGGUGAAAGCGAUUGCCAACAGCCCGCUCGGGGAGGAGCUCCAGAGGCGAAUGGAGGAGAAGAAGAAGCUUUAUAAGGACAACUCUUCCAAGUUGAAGGCUCUCUCCAAAAAGGCUAGAUUAGAGAGUGUGUGGUAUGGGGAGGAUCGCCCUCGUUGGCUUGGUCCGAUCUCAUAUGAGUACCCUUCCUAUCUCACUGGCGAGCUGCCUGGGGAUUAUGGUUUUGACGUUGCUGGUUUGAGCCAGGACCCUGUGGCAUUGCAGAGAUAUUUUAAUUUUGAAGUUCUGCAUGCAAGGUGGGCUAUGCUUGCGGCCCUUGGUGCUUUACUUCCAGAGAUAUUAGAUCUGAUAGGAGCUUUCCAUUUCGUUGAACCUGUUUGGUGGCGAGUGGGAUACUCAAAGCUUAAGGGCGACACACUAGACUACCUUGGCAUCCCCGGGCUCCAUUUAGCUGGGAGUCAAGGAGUUCUCAUCAUUGCCAUCUGUCAAGCCAUUCUCAUGGUUGGUCCAGAGUAUGCUCGUUAUUGUGGCAUUGAGGCAUUGGAGCCCUUAGGCAUAUAUUUACCGGGGGACAUCAAUUAUCCAGGAGGUGCACUUUUCGACCCCUUGAAUCUCUCACAAGAUCCCGUUGCUUUUGAAGAACUGAAGAUCAAAGAGAUAAAAAAUGGGCGCCUAGCCAUGGUUGCGUGGUUAGGUUUUUAUGCUCAAGCAGCUCUAACUGGCAAAGGACCUGUACAUAACCUUCUUGACCAUAUUUCCGAUCCUUUCCAUUAUAACCUGCUUUUAGUUCUAAAAAAUCUUUAGUAUAUCUACUUGAGUUGUGCCUUGUAAAUUAUGUGUACAUCUUUUAAUUUCAUUACCAGCAAUUUACCCACUUUCAGUA